GCCUUGCGUCAUUACGCAUUUCCUGUUCUCUACGACGUCCCCCUCUUCUCCUUACCAUCGCGCUGUGAAGUGGAUGUUUUGGUGAGAAAAUACGGCAUCGAAAAGGGACGUAAAUACGUUUAGAACAUGACAUUUCGGUCGUGCGGGACCUAAAGCGGCGUAACAGAGGAAAGAGGGACGUUUUCGGCGAAGGUUUCGGCUCAUCUUUUAUAUCGUAUUCUUCCGCAUGUCCGCUUUCUUCGUAGAUGGUCUCCGGCGAGCGUUGUCUGGCGGCGGACGACGAGUUGUCGACGAAUAAUAUGAAGGAGAUGAUCGGCGGUUGCUGCGUUUGCUCUGACGAGAGAGGAUGGGCGGAAAACCCGCUGGUGUACUGCGACGGACACGGGUGCAACGUCGCUGUGCAUCAAGCCUGCUAUGGCAUCGUGCAGGUGCCCACCGGUCCUUGGUUCUGCAGAAAGUGUGAAUCUCAGGAGAGAGCAGCUCGUGUGAGAUGUGAGCUGUGUCCCCACAAAGAUGGAGCCCUAAAGAGGACAGACAACGGAGGCUGGGCCCAUGUGGUUUGUGCUCUUUACAUACCUGAAGUGGAAUUUGCCAAUGUCUCAACUAUGGAGCCCAUAGUCCUCCAGUCUGUGCCACACGAGCGCUACAACAAGACAUGUUAUAUCUGUGAGGACCAGGGCAGAGAGAGUAAAGCUGCCUCUGGAGCCUGUAUGACCUGCAACAAGCAUGGCUGCAGGCAGGCCUUCCAUGUCACAUGUGCCCAGUUUGCAGGGUUGUUAUGUGAGGAACAAGGAUCGGAUGCAGACAAUGUCAAGUACUGUGGAUACUGCAAAUACCACCACAGCAAAUUGCGAAGGAGCAGGGGCCGUGGUAGUAUGUCUCAAAGCUUAAGUGACUCUUCCUCUCAGUGUAUGGAUAGACCCCCAGACCAGGACAAGAAGAAACACAAGGAGCGGGACAGGCACAAACCGAAACACAAGAAGAUCUCCAUGGACAUGUCGCCCUCCCUCGUCCUUCCUAAUAUCAUGGUCCCAGAAAAGACCUACAACAGCAGCAGCUCAGUGGGAGGAGUCACCUCUCUGCCAGUGUCCUCGCAGAAGCGACUGGACGACAGCGCUGCCCGCUUCACCACUGCCAACUUUCAAGAAGUGUCGUCUGCCCUCUCCGGUGGCGGCUCCAAAGAUGGCUUGGCUCCAGAUGCUGGGAAGGCGGUGUCUGAGGCGAAGAACAAGAAGAACAGCGCCGCAAGUCACGCGGUUGGACAGAGGGGUGGCCGCAAGUCUCUCACCUCCUCAGGGAAACCCCUCCCCUCCGCCGUGGUCACCAUGGCAACCUCCUCCACAUCUGCCUCUUCCUCUACCGGGCCUUUCCACCAAGGCCUCCUGUUGACCAGUGCGAGCAAGACGCCCUCUGUCCCUUCCUCCUCAGACUUCCUAAGUUUCUCCGAUUCAUCGUUACGUUCGGGGGGCGGGACUACUUUCUCCUCCCCGCCAUCUUUCAGCAGCUGCCUUGUGAAGCCGAGCACGGAGGGCGGAGCUUCGGAGGGAACCACGACGCUCUUCGGCUCUCUGGUGUCCGCCACUACAGCUUCUGCAGUGGGCGGGAAGUUGUAUGAGAAUUCCCACAGUCACACAGCCAGCGAAACGACAAGCCUCGGUGGCUCCGCUGGCUACAAACGGCCCCAACCCUCCAGCUCCGGGCCGGGGAUCGGAGGGGCAGCGGCGGGAGGAGGGGACGACGGGGUGAAGAAGAAAAAGAAGGGCAACUGGCGAAACAGAUUUGGACCUUGCUUCACCUCAGAUGUGAAGCCUUCAGAGCCAGCUCCCUCCCUGACUCUCCCCACCUCCUCGACGGCCAACACCUCCUCCUCCACCGCCUCCCCGUCCUCCUCUUCAUCCUCAACGCUCACAGGCCGACCGGGCUUAGUAUCCAGCAGUGGAUUAGGAGUGGGGGUGGGGGUGGGGGGAGGUGGAGGCGCAGGAGGAGGAGUAGGAGGAGAGAGGGGGCUGGGGGUCAUGGGUGUCAGCGGCGGGAUUCAGAAGUCCCCGUCACUCCUCAGGAAUGGGAGUCUGCAGAGCAACAGCAGCUCCUCGACCACUGGGUCAGGUGUUUUUUCCGCUGCGGAUGGGUCAUUGUCGGGGACAGGAGCUGUCGCCGUUGGUGGAGCCGGCUCUGAGUUGUCACAGCAACAGCAACCCACACCUUCACUGGCCCCUCCCUCUCCAUUCACUGCCACCGCGCCGCUAACCAGCACAGCCGCCACACACGUGAGCGGUCUGCCAGGGUCGGUCUUCAACCUCGCUCCCUCCCACAUGUUUGGAAAUCGUCUGAAUCCCAACUCGGCCAUGGCAGCACUCAUCGCCCAGUCUGAGGCCUCACCAGCAGAUCAGGAGGUGGGAGACGGCAGCAGCGGCGUCGGAGCUCAGGGCUUCUCCAUAAGAGCUUCUCCCAAGACCACCCCGCGCUCUCCCAUUGGUGGCCUGCAGAUCCGCUAUGACUCCUCGGGGUCGUUGCCGGGGCCGGGGCUGGGGUUGCUAGGGGCGGGGGGAGGCGGCGGCGAGACGCUGCCCCCGGUGGCCACCAGCAUAGAGCAGCUCCUGGAGAGGCAGUGGAACGAAGGGCAGAGCUUCCUGUUGCAGCAGGGAGCGCAGGGAGACGUGCUGGGCAUGUUGAAGUCCCUCCACCAGCUGCAGGAGGAGAACAGGAAGCUGGAGGAGCAGAUUAAAACUCUGACCAUGAAGAAAGAGAGACUGCAGCUACUCAGCGCUCAGCUAUCAGUGCCUUUCACCCCCAGCACCGCCUCCUCUGAUGUAAAAGGAGGCCAGCUGGGAGCCACUGAUUCAUCUUUACCUGUGGCAGCUCAGGACGGUGCGUCAUGCGGCGGCCACAGCAGCAGCGGCUCCACCUCCUCUCUCUCCACCCCUCCCUCCAUCUCCCAGAGCCCGCCCCAGCCACAGCUGAACGGGGUCGGCGCCCUGGGGACGGCUGCGGCCGGGCUGGGUGGGGUGGCGGGCCUGAUGGGCGCUCUGGGUGCAGGUAGCGCUCUGGGCAUGGGGGGGAUCGUCGGGGCACUGAACGGGGUGAUCCAGACGCCGGCGGGCACCACCAGCCCUCACACACACACUACGGGAGCAGUUACAGGUGUCACGUUGCCUGUUAACAACAGCGCCGCGCGGCUCGGCCUCCUGUCUGAGCAGCACAGACUCCUCCUGCAUCAGCAUCAGCUCCAGCAGCUGCUGUCCUCACAGCCUUCAGCGGAGCAGCAGCAGGUGUUGCUCUACCAACUGAUGCAGCAGCAGCAGGAACUCCAGCAGCUGCAGUCCCUCUCCUCCGCCCAGAUUCCCUCCAUCCCGCUUUCCUCCGCUCAGCUGCCCAUCAACAACCUGCUGCCCGGCGCCCAGAGCCAAGGCCAAGGCACCAUCACCGCCAACCCCUUCCUGGCGAUGCAGCACGCACACGCUGACACACACGCCUCGGGGGCACAGAAACCGCGGCUAGCCGAGAAGGCUGUGGGCGUCGCAGGGCAGGAGAAGACAUGACGGCAGAUGCUCUUUAUUUUUUGGUUGUUGUUGUUUUUUUUGUUUUUUUUAAAUAAAUAUGCAGAGUCUUCAGGAGAUCAGCAUGUUGGUCAACUUUGUGGUUCAGUGAUGAGAACGUUGGCAGCAGAGGAAUCUGUGCUCCUGGUAGAUUAUUCUGUGCUGAUACUUUAGCACACACUAUUGCGCGUGAUAGCAUUCACACUAGUUGACCUUGUCAGGUUUAUUUUGCAACUUUUUCAGGUUACACUUAACAUUUUGUCUUUAUUUGUACUAUUUAUGUCCAUCCAAUUUUAGAGGUUUUAUUUUUUAGCUUUAGUGCUGCUUCAGGUUCUUAUUUUGUCACUGUUGAGGUAAUGAUUUUCAUUUGAUAUCACUGGUAGCAACUUAGUGCGUUAGUGUCAGUUAAUGACCACGUGGUGUUUCUCUUCUCAGAAACAUUUUCCUUCAAUGAGUUUCUCUUGAUGUUUUCUUCUCUGUCAUCCUGCUUCUUCACUUUCCUUUUGGUGCUGUCACACAUUUCAGCAUCAUUUCCUCUCUUUUCCUUUGUCUCCAAAUUUCUCUCACUGCUUCUCCAUCUUCCACACGAACAUCCCUCUGUCUGGUCUCUCUGCUGUCUCACUCUCUCAGGGGCCUCAACUAACUCAGCACACAAGCUAGCACACACACAGAACUACAAAAAAAAUAUCAGAAAUACAUGAAUAUAAAGAAGAACUACAAUUCCCCACCGCAGGACUUAACAGUAGCAGAUGCGUGUUUGACAUCUGUCUCGCAGCUAUCCCGAGGGGAAUAUUGGGUGAGAGGCUUGUGAAAAUAUCCCACAUGUUCUCAUGUCUCUUUCACUCCGUUUGUGUAGAUCCAUUUAAUGUCAGUGAGCCAAGCCUUGUACGGUCACCGCAGAAGCCUUGCUUUUGACUGUCUCUUCUCUGGGCCAGAUACAGGGGGCUCACUCAGGGAUGUGAAAUUUUAAAAAAAGGACAAAAAAAAACCCAGCAAGUUGAAUGUUCAGAGGGAUGCAUUAAUCCACAAGGCACACACUCACAAAGAGAAAUUAUGCAGUUGGUUGUCAGCGCGUGGAAGUCAUUACAUUUCAUCUUCCUGACUGAGCCCCCUGCUGCACCUACCUCUCGAGCAGGACCAGCCUAUCAGGACCUAAAAGGCCGACAGCAGCGGCCGCUUAAAAAACCCACAUCAGUGAGGACUGGCCAAUCAGGGUCCAAAACCCAAGUGCCUGAGGCCAAGGGAGGGAAGGAGGGAUUUGUUUCCUUUUACCUGUGUCCCUGUCACUCAGCCGAAUUCUUCACAAUGCUACUGGUAAUAAAGCUGCGUUGCUAAGGCAACAGAUUAAAAAUAGACUUGGUAUCUAACAAAACCAGGAAAUAUUAUUCUGCUGCAUUCUCUAAUAUCAAAGCCAACUUUGUAUUGUGCUUUUUAUUUAUUGGGAGUUUGUUUGUGUAAUGGGCAUAAGAUGAUAUAUUUUAAAGCCCGCUGGUGUUGCAACUUAACAUCAUUUUGUACUACUGUGUAAAGUUUUGUUUGUAUUGUUUUUUUCUGUUUCUUUUCCCUCAUACAGUCGAAUUUUGCUGUAAACCCUUUUAAUGACUUUACUCUGUGUUGUGUUAAAAGCAAGAAGCUACUUGAUAGUUGGCUGAUUGGGGAUGGGAUGUGGCUGUAUAUAGCUGUUUGUAAGGGGGGAGGAAGUGUGUCAUGGGGCAUUCAGUGGCACAGUUUUUACCUCGUUAAGUGUACAUAAACCUUUCUCAUUGGCCGUUGGUGUACAUAAGUGAUUGUGAUUGGCCGUGCUGGUGUGAAGGAAAGCCAAUGAAGCCUCAGUUUGUGUGUGUGAAUCUUUAGGACCAGACAAAAAAAAAGGUUGACAGUGACUGGACACACAAAGUAUUAAUUUAUUUUUAUAUGUGCAGGGACAUUGUGUUUCUUUUUUUAAGUUUUGCACCAUUUUCUUGAUGAGAAGUGAUUUUAUACUUGGCACCGUGUUUUCAUCUGUGCGCACAUUUGUUUGGAUCAAUUUUGUACAAGUGGAAAAUAAUGGGGGGGUAAAAGAAAUUCUGACAUUGUAUUUCAAAACACCAAAAUAAAGAAACACUCUGGAUAAA